AUGAAUAUGGCAAAGCUUCGUCAAAUUUUAGAAUUUAGAAGAGCUACAAAAAUGCCUCCAUUACUGCCACCUAAAAGAAGCAAAAAGCAAGAUGAAGGAAAAAGAAAUAAUCAAAGAGAAAUUUUAGAUAUUCAUUUAAAAUUAAGAGAAUUUAUUGGAACAAGAAAAACAGAAAAUGGAGGUUCUAGUAUUGUUUGUGCUUUUUCUGAAAGUGAGGAAACACAAAGGGGGCCAUGGAAAGUGACAACAGCAAGCGAAUUAUUAAAUUCGGGGUUUGGCAAAAAAUAUUUUGAAUUACCAAAUGUUUUCGCAAUUGAAUUUCAAUUAGAAAGACAGCAAUAUUUACGUUUAGAUAUUUGUGAUUUACUGGAAACACAAAAUGAAGCAAAAAGUUUUGGUUAUUGUGUUUUUUCCGUUUCGGAAUUAGUUUGUGCUAGAAAUGGGAAAAUACAAAGAAAAUUAAUUAAUGACGAGACUGGCCAAGAAAUUGCUGAGGCCCUCCUUUCAUGUACAUUAAGGCCAAAAACCCAUGCAAUAAUUCUUCAAUUUGCAGCUAAUAAUUUAUAUAAAAAAGGAAUUAAUGCUACAACACAAAUUUUUUUCGAAAUUUAUCGACUUCCAAUUGAUGGUUGUUGUGAAGAUAAUAUUGAAUUUGAAAGAGGAAAUAAUAUUGAGGAUGAAUUAAAUGCCAAUACUAGUAAUGGACAAAGAAAAAUAUCCAUUUCUGGUUCUCCUACAGAAAUUAGUGGAACUGCAAAAAAUAAAAAUUCAUUAAUUUAUCGAAGUGAAAGUCUAAAGUGGAAUUCUGGAAGAAUUAUUUGGAGAACCUUUACUCUGCAAUCAUCAGAAAUUUGUGGAGGAAACCAGCAAUUAAGAUUUAGAUGUUUACAAGAAUUAGAUCAAUCAAAAUUGCCAGAUUCCCCUCCUCAAGUUUUGGGCGAAUUUACAACAGAUUUUAAUAAAUUACAGAGAGGGCAAGGAUUCGAAAAUAUUUAUUUUCUUAGUUAUGAAGGUAACAGAAAUAGAAAAAAGAGUGCUGGAACUUUUGAACUUUGUCGAUUUCAUCAAGCUUAUAACCCCUCGUUUUUGGAAUAUAUUUUUGCUGGUUCUUUUCUUAAUUUAGCAUUUGCUGUUGAUUUUUCUCGUUCGGAUUCUGCUGUAGAUGAAAAUAAUUUGAGGCGUUAUGUGAGUGAUGUUGAAUUAUCUAUUUCUGCUUUUGGAGAACCUUUGAGAGAAUUUCAAAGUUCCAAUUCCUAUGCUGCUUUUGGGUUGGGUGCUAAAAUUCCUCCUCAAUUUAGAGAGUCUCAAGAAUUUUGUUUGAAUUUAGAAACCGAUCCUUAUUGUAGAGGCCUUUCUUCAGUCUUCUCUGCCUUCAAAACAUCAUUUGUUAAUGUCCAACCAUUAAAUAUGGCACAUUUAUCUCACGUUAUUUAUUAUGUGGCAAAAUUGGCACAAAAUUCUCUUUCCCGUGCUUCUCCAGCUUUAUCUUCUGGUAUGGAAACUAUAACUGAUUAUAAUGCUCCUAAUUAUUUUGUUCUUGUAAUUAUAACUAGAGGAGUUUUUGAUGAUCUUAAAGAAACUGUACAAGUAAACAAAUAAAUUAUAAUCUAAAACACAUAAUUUUCAUAACAAAGAUUCUAAUAAUAAAAUUAUUUUUAGGCAAUUAUUUUCGCUUCUCGUUCACCAAUU